AUGAGCUAUGUUCACAUUUUAUUUUUCAGAUGUUCCCUUUGCCUGUGAAUAAUGGAAAGAGCAGACCAACGACACUUGCCAGCCAGUUUGGAUCAGGUAUGGAGGAAAGAUCUGCAUCUGGUGCUUGGGGAACUGGUGAUCACAAUGGAUCCUCAUUUGAUCAAGGAAGAGGCUAUGGUGAUUCCUCCCAUUAUGGUGAGCCCAGAGAUCUUCCAUCUCAUGAAGGCAGUUUGUCAUCUACUCCUUUCUUAACAACUGGACUUGUAGGGAAGAAUGAGCGACCGUCUUACUCAGCAUUUGGACGAGAUCCUGGAAUGCCUCCGAUUAAUCAGCCUGGGUUUAUGCCAGGAGAUCUGGGGAUAACUAAUUCCAGUGCCCUCUCACCUACCACUGGAAAAGGAAGCUCACAAUUUUACUCUUACACAAACAAUACACGGCGGCGUCCAGGAGAUGGUAAUCUUGAUUCCCAGCCGAAAAAAGUGCGCAAAAUACCCCCAGGACUCCCUUCAUCUGUUUACCCUGCCAACUCAGGUGAAGAAUAUAGUGGAGACCGUGGAAGUUAUACCUCUAAGCCACCUAAUUCUCUUUACCCUGGGGGAUUCUACAUGGCUGAUGGACUUAAUUCCUCUGAUAUCUGGGCCUCCUCCGGAGGUAUUGGACAAGGCAGUUAUGGCUCCAUUCUCAGCGGCUCUCAGGCUUCUCUUUCCCAGCCCUCAGGUUUCAGUGGUCUGCAUGCCCACGAACGAAUAGGGUUUCCAGUGCAUUCCAGUGAGGUGAACCCAGCUGUAUCAAGUUUCCCUUCUGGUGCACAGUAUGGAGUCUCUACGCACACCCCCCCCAUUAGUAGUGGAGACACAAUGAUAGGAAACCGAGGGAAUACCACUGGCAGCUCAGGAGAUGCACUUGGAAAAGCUUUAGCUUCUAUUUAUUCUCCAGAUCAUUCCAGCACAAACUUUUCCUCUAGCCCUUCAACACCUGUGGGGUCACCUCAGGGAAUGACAGGAACAGGGCAGUGGCCCAGAGCAAGUGUGCCAGGCGCCCUGUCUCCCAGUUACGAGGGCACAUUACACACAUUGCAGAACAAGAUGGAGGACCGCCUGGAUGAGGCUAUUCAUGUUUUAAGGAGUCAUGCUGUGGGACAGACUGGUUCUCUCCCUGGGGGCCAUGAAGAUAUGCAUGCGCUUUUAGGAGCAGGGGUGCUUGGAACAAACUUUUCUAGUGCAGUGCUCUCAAUGGCAAAUCGACACUCCAUGGCUACAAGUCAAGCAGAAGAUGGGUUACCAAAUGCGCCCAGUAUGCUUCACAACCCAAUCACGCUACCCAUACAGCAAGGAUCUCUGCCUGAUCUUACCAGACAACCAGAUUCCUACAGUGGACUCCCAGCAGUGGGCAGGACUGUUGUGUCAUCUGCGGUAUCAGAAAUUAAAAGGGAAAAUAAAGAAGACGAAGAGAAUCGGUCAGUGGCUGAUUUGUCAGAGGAUGAUAAGAAAGAGUCUAAACAACAGAGAAGCCGGACACGCUGCUCAGUGAACAGUCAAGAUGAAGAUGAUGAUGAGGAGGAUGAUAACCUUCCUCCAGAACAAAAAGCUGAGCGUGAGAAGGAGAGGCGAGUGGCCAACAAUGCCAGGGAACGACUUCGAGUCAGAGAUAUCAACGAAGCAUUUAAAGAGCUGGGGCGGAUGUGCCAGCUGCAUCUUAACAGUGAGAAGCCACAGACCAAGCUCCUGAUUCUGCACCAGGCCGUCUCUGUCAUCCUGAGCCUGGAGCAGCAAGUGCGAGAACGGAACCUAAAUCCAAAGGCAGCCUGUCUGAAAAGGCGUGAAGAGGAAAAAAGUAUCAGGUGUGGACCCACAAAUUGGCCUUGCUGGGGGACUUCCAGGUCUCGGGGACUCUCAUAAUUCAGUGGGACACAUGUGA